CGUACAUGAAGGCAUCAUAGGACCAUCGAUUGGUGCUGUGAUAUUGAGAGGUCAUACAUUUUGAAACAACAAAGAAUUCAGAGCAGGAUGUCGGAGGAGUUGUCUCUCAACAUAAACAUCAAGGAGCCGAGAUGGGACCAAGGAACAUUCAUGGGUCGGGCCAAGCACUUCUUUAUGGUCACAGAUCCCAGGAACGUCCUGCUGUCCUCUGAGACUCUGGAGGAGGCCAGAGUGAUCGUGGAAAACUACAGAUCUGGGAUUGUAAAGCCUGGCUUGACGGAGGAUGAACUCUGGAGAGCCAAGUAUGUUUACGACUCUGCCUUCCACCCAGACACCGGAGAGAAGAUGUUUGUGAUUGGCCGGAUGUCCGCUCAGGUGCCAAUGAACAUGUCCAUCACAGGCUGCAUGCUUACCUUCUACAGAACUACUCCAGCAGUUGUGUUCUGGCAGUGGGUUAACCAGUCCUUCAACGCUAUCGUCAACUACACCAACCGCAGUGGAGAUGCUCCUAUCACCGUGAACCAGCUGGGUGCGGCCUACGUCAGUGCUACUAGUGGAGCCGUAGUCACUGCCUUGGGACUCAAGUCUCUAGCUAAGCGCCUCCCCCCAAUCGUCAGCCGGUUUGUCCCUUUUGCUGCUGUUGCUGCUGCUAACUGUAUCAACAUUCCUUUUAUGAGACAGAGGGAACUGAAGUACGGUAUCCCUGUGAUGGAUGAGAAUGGAAACAGGUUAGGAGAAUCUGUAAAUGCUGCCAAACAGGCCAUCGUACAGGUGGUGGUGUCCAGGAUCGGCAUGGCAGUUCCAGCAAUGGCCAUUCCCCCUGUUAUAAUGAAUUCUCUUGAGAAGAGAGCUUUCAUGAAGCGGUUUCCAAUUCUAAAUGCUCCAGUCCAGGUGGGGCUAGUCGGUCUGUGCCUGGUGUUUGCAACUCCUCUGUGCUGCGCCCUGUUCCCUCAGAAAAGCUCUAUGAGCGUGAGUGGGCUGGAAGCAGAUCUGCAGGAGAGGAUACGACAGACGAGUCCCAACACCACCACAGUCUUCUUUAACAAGGGCCUGUAGGCACACAUGUGUAAAACCUAUAAACACUCACACACAUACAGACACAUGUAUGUUAUCAUGGGCACAAGUGGGAGAGCAAAUCUAUAUAUGCAUUUUUUUUUUUUGUGUGUCUGUGUUUGGUUUUUUUUCUUGGUAUUGCUGCGAUUGUUGACUGAAUUUGAACAUGUAGAAUAGCUUCUGGUGUAGAAAUUAAAAGGCUGUACGUAUUUAAAAUAGAGGAAUCACUGAAGGGAAGAUGAAACACAGAAAAAAAGGCUGCUUACACAGAGAGGAAGAGCUUCUUGAGGAUGAGAAACUGUCUUCUGAUGUAUUUUUGAUUGUCUUGUGAUGUACUUUUUCGGGGGUGGGGGGGCUUUUGUCUUCCGACGGUUAAAACUACAUAUUGAGCAGCAGUUUAUGAAUGAUUAGUGUUUGACUCAUUGAGAUAUUCUGUUACAUUCAGGUUCCUGUUAAAUUAUUCCAGCUUGAAGCUUGUGCUUGUUAAUAAUGUUGCUACCGAAUGUAACAUCAUCUUUUUGCCUUGUGUCCUCACUCUUUAAACUCUUGCUCCUCCGCAUUUUUUUUUCUGUUUUGGAAAGUUAUUUUAAAAUGUUUCACAACAAAUAUAUGUGCAGUAAAAAAAAACAAAGAAAAAACUAGGAUUGUGUGGUGUAGAUCUAGAUAGCCCCAACCUUUCAUUUAAAAAACCUGUUUACUCUGCCUCUUGUCAACCAGUGCAGCUUUUCACUUCUCUCCUCUAAGUGUUCCUUCAUUUUGUUAGACCAGCUAAUGAGGUGCUAGGUACAUGUGGCAACAAAUAUAUUUAGAAAUUAUACUACAAAUGCUCACGAGCGAACAUCGCGUGUGGUUUUUAAUCAACUCAGUUUGUGGCUGAUUUUCUUAGUGUCUCAGUUAUUUUAGGCACUAUAAUCUAUAUGCACAAGACAGAAGCGCUGUUUUCUAAUCUUAGAUACCCCUCUGAAUUAGUCUGUUUUCAAAUUUAAAUGCUGUGCAGAUGGCAAUUGAAGAUGUAUUGCUGUUGUCAUGUGAAAACUUUGCAACUCAAAACAUUACAAGGCUUCUUUUUUAAAAAAGAGAAAGAGUUUUAAUUAGCAACAUUUAGCUAGCCAUAUGCAAAACUGUGCUUCAGCCAUUGAUGUUCUGUUGUACCAAAAGAAACUAAUAAAUAUUGUGUGACAAAGUUAAAUACUAAAUACCUGUUUGUAGGUGAGGAAAGCAGAUUAUUGUAUGCAAAGUGUUUGUUGCUUCUUUGUGGAAGUGGACAGUUUGGAGUUUUAACGCCUCUGAUCAAAGUCAUGCACGUGGUAGACCAAACUCAUCAAUUACACGGCUGUCCAGGGUAGAGAACUAUAAUGCUGUGUUUGAGGAAAUAGCUGAGUUUAUCCCAUUUUUGUCUGUUUAUAUCAUGUGAAAAUAAGUAUAUUUUUCUUGGAAAUAUUUAUAAAUACCACCUAUACAUAUAUGAGGUAUAAUGUAAGAAGCACAUAUGCAUGAAGGUAUUAGUCAAUCCAUCAGAUGGCCCCACAUAUGCACUUGUAUGCAAUGUCAGCUUUGCACUGAAGGACGACUGUUUUUCUGCAGAUGAGUGAGUGGGGUGUUUUGUGUAUGUACGUUUUUAAAAAUGAUUGUAUGACAGUGCUCAUCUGUGCACCUAUUUAAAGAAUAACAGAAGGGGUCCUGAAGGGCCACUGUCCUUCAGGUUUUAGUUAUUUCCUUGCUCCAACACCUAUAUAAAAUCUAAUUGAUCCAACAGCUUCUUGUCAUCUUCUUCACAAUAACCCAUUCAUUUCAGUCUGGUGUGUCAGAUCAGGGAAACAAUGAAUACCUGCAGGAUAUCGGCCCUCAAGGACCAGAGUUCGACACCCCUGAUGUAGUCAUUGCUGUGCUGCUAUAAUAGCUAGCUGGAUUUGUGUUGCUAUUUUAAAGUGUAUAUAUUGAAGGUUUCCAUGUUUUUGUUGGAUGAUAUUGAAUGAUAGUUAAAUCUAAAUCUUGCUGUCUGCAUCCAUUGCCCAUAAUCAAGAAGGUCUUUUUUUUCUUCUUCUUUUUUUUUUUUUUUUUUUUUGCUAUAGAAGUGUCUAGAACAAACUGAAGUGUUAGGUUCAGCAGAAAAGCAUAUUUUCUCAGCUUGUGGCAUCAGCACCACCGUCUUAUCUCACCCGCAGAUCGAGCCAAAGAUGAGACGGGUAUCAAGGAGAGGAAGUUUGUAGCUUUUAAAGUUUUUGCUUCAGCUUUAACACAUGGACCUUUGGCCAGACUUUUCUUCUGCAGAAGCAUUUUUUAACGUUUGCAAGUGGUAAAUGGUUCCCAAAAUUGUGCAGCACUCAACACCAAAAUUUUAAGGAAUGUUACAAAGCACAGCCAUGAAGUUUUUUUUUAACAUGCAAAUAAAUCCCAACAUAUUUUAAACAAAUAUGUUGUUGACUUUACAAUACAGUAAAAUCACUAACAAAACUUUGCACUCAACCCUGAUUUACACCUAAGUUGUGCAUGCUUUAGCCCUAAAGGUACAAAUGUAAAGAUACUCUUUGUUCUGCUUACACUCUGUAAAUGUUUUGCUUCUAUUUUUUGUGGACAUACAACUUACAAACAUGUAGUUCUGUCAGUAUUAGUGCACAGUGUUUUCUCACUCUGUUUCGUAUUGAGAGAUGUUUUCUUGAUGUGAAAUAUCCUUUACUCAGAGCAAUAGAAUAAAAUGUGUAACCAUG